GCAGAAUGUUCGGUUAUUGUGAAAUUAUGUAUUUUUAUGUCUUUUUGGGUUUUAUGUUUAAAAUGGCGACUGGCUUUAAUUGAGUUACUUGGUAAUUAUCUCCAGGGCAGAGGGGAGGGAAUCAUAGUGCAUUAUGGGUAAAAACUGUGUCUAUGUGUCUGGAAUGUCCCCAUAUCUGUCUGUCAUUUAAGUCUCCCAUUUGGUCCCCUAGGGGAGUGUCCACCAAGUGGGAGACCUGCAUAAAUACGGGCAGGUAGCCCACAGUAAAGCCAGAUCCUGUUUGACCCUCAAUGAGGAGCUUCUGUCUCGUUAUUGGGGGGAUUUCUUCUUCACGUUUAGAGACUGCUGGAUGGAAACGAAAGCCGCUUGGUGGAUGUUAUUGUUCGGCAUCUAGCAGCAGUUCGUGUAUUGCCGUUCGGGAGUUUGGAGCCGUUCACGGAUCCCGGUCGGGAGAUUGCCGCUUCCCCUGCAUUUGGUUCGUGCACUACAGGGUAGGUGAACCGAGUUACUGAUAUUGCAGACGGGGAAGGCCUACUAAACGGCGGUUUUGCCUAAAGACACUGUAGGUGUCUUAACAGUGAGUGUGUGUCAGUAAGCAAAAUUGGGCAUACUAGAUGGGCCGAAUAGUUCUUAUCUGCCGUCACAUUCUAUGUUUCUAUGUUUCUAUGUUACUGUUUACAUCUCAAUGUAAAAUGUUCUCCAUGUUUCUCCAUGUUCUCCACAGGAAUAUUUCCACUCGUUGUUCUAACCCAUCAAACACACAGAAAUGUGGCCAGGGCCCAGAGCCUUUUCAGGGAUAUGGGGGUGGAACAGAUCUUUACAAUAGAGAAUUAUACCCCAGAGGAUCACGUAAAGACACAAGGAAGACAUGAAAAAGUCCUGAAUAUCUUAAAUGAGGUCAUUAAAGAUGUCACAUUCCGAAUGACAGCUCAACAAAAUCCAGUGAUGAAACUGAGAGAGCGGAUGCAAUACAUGUUCAAAUAUGUCAAUGAACGUGAAUUAAGAAUACGGGAAGAGGUAAAGGAAUUGGAGAAAGUGAUGCAGCUAAACCUGAUGGCCAUGGCAGUGAAGAAAGCGAAGACAGAAUCUGAAAUCGAACGAGAACAGGAUGAAGACACGAACAAGAAAAGAGACGCCUAAAAGAGGAAAUGGAAAAAGAAAAUGAGAAGGAAAGACAGUUACUGGAAAUGGAGAUGAAGAAACUUCAGGAGGAGCUGGAGAGGUUUGACUUGAAAUACAAGAAUAAAAAACCAAACAAACAAAAGAAAGAGCCGUUUACUUUACAGUGACGCUGCCCGGGGAAACCUGUAAUGUGGGGGCCAGGAAACACACCCCACGAUGUAUAUCUCAUGUAAUGGACACUCGCUGACACUGUACACAAUGCUUCCAUUCAUCUUUGAGUGCAGUUUGCAGAAUUUACUAGAAAGAGAACAUUUAUUAAACAUUGGAAAAAUCCCACAGAUUAAUAACUGAAGCUAUACACCGACC